AUGGCGGGCGCCAUGUGCGCAGACGGCAAAGGGAAGAACUGCGCCCAGCUCGUGCUCACAGCCACCAAGGCGGCUUAUACUACCUGCUCAGGCCGCAUGGAGAGACGGCAAAACCAGCGCGACUCAAGUGCACAGGAGACAACGGCUGCACUGAGCGUACGUCACACAAAGAAGCGAACAUACUCACCUGAAGUGACCUCGCAAACCGUCAAGCAAGACACCUCCGCUGGAAGACCGACCCGGUAA